AUGACGAACGACGACCACGAGUCCCCCGACUUCUCCUUCCUGGGGCUCCUAUACUCCCCCACCUCUACAGAAGAGCUCACCCGCAUGCUACAGGAACAACAACAGUCGCAGUCAAGGCUGUCCCCUGAAUUCCUCGACCUGCUCGACCUCCUUCGAACGCCACUCGCGCCUCUAGUAUCCAUUUCAACGGGACGUCCGCACCCCGACUUCCCCAAGACGCUCCUCGCCUACCACCUCCUGACCUCGGCGCAGCUGGAUGCCCUGUUCACCUACUACCACCAGGUAUGGCCCCCCGUCCCGGAGACUUACAUGUACCCGAUUGCGGUUCCGGCGCAGGUCGUCGUGGACCGUGAUUGGGACGUGGAUAUUGAGGAGAAGCGCCGCUGGUUCGGAAGCUUUAUUGGGCUAGGCGGGUGUGAUGUCCCUUUGCACUUUGUUGUGCCGAAUGUGCCGGAUAUUUCGUGGAUGUUUAUGGAUAGACGGGAGACUGUCGAGGAGAUGUUGGAGCGGAUGGAGCGGGAAUGGCAGCAGGCGCUUUGUCGGGAUCGAUGGAUUGAGGAAUAUAAUACAUACAGUGAGACGGGGAAGACUACCUAUGGCAGUGCCGACCGACGCCACUAUGGCUUCAUCCACGGCACUCACCACCUGCACCAGCCCUCAAUCCUCAAUUCCCCCUCAUACAAAAUGGCCAGCCCACCCCUCGUCACGCACAUGUACACGGCGGACCCAUCCGCGCACGUCUUCAACGGCAAACUGUACAUCUACCCGUCGCACGACCGCGAGACCGACAUCCAGUUCAACGACAACGGCGACCAGUAUGACAUGGUCGACUACCACGUGCUGUCGAUGGACGAGGUCGGCGGGCCCGUCACCGACCACGGCGUCGCGCUGACGGCCGCCGACGUGCCGUGGGUCUCCAAGCAGCUGUGGGCGCCCGACGCCGCCACCAAGGACGGCAAAUACUACCUGUACUUCCCGGCGCGCGACCACGACGGCAUCUUCCGCAUCGGCGUCGCCGUCGCCGACGACCCGGCCGGCCCCUUCAAGGCCGAGCCCUCCUACAUCCCCGGCAGCUACAGCAUCGACCCGGCCUCGUUUGUCGACGACGCCGACGGCCGCGGGUAUCUCUACUUCGGUGGUAUCUGGGGUGGCCAGCUGCAGUGCUGGAGUCGCAACGAGGCCGGCGAGUGGACGGUCUUCGAUGCGUCGAAGCAGGGCCCGCAGGAGCCUGCUGGGCCUGGUGUGAAGGCGCUGUUUCCGCGUGUUGCCCGUCUGAGCGAGGAUAUGCUCAGCUUUGAUACACCUGUGCGUGAGCUCGAGAUUCUCGACGAGAACGGCCAGCCCAUCGCUGCUGAUGACCACGAGCGCCGCUUCUUCGAGGCCGCCUGGAUGCACAAGUAUAAUGGCAAGUACUACUUUUCGUACUCGACCGGCGACACGCACUACCUCGUGUAUGCUGUCGGCGAUAGCCCAUUCGGCCCGUUUACGUACCGCGGCCGUAUUCUGGAGCCUGUGAUCGGCUGGACGACGCACCAUUCUAUUGCUGAAUUCCGCGGAAAAUGGUAUUUGUUCUAUCAUGACUGUGAGAUGUCCGGUGGCGUGAGCCACUUGCGCAGUGUGCGCAUGCGCGAGAUCGGGUAUGACGAGAAGGGAGAUAUCCACUUGAAGUGA